AAGGUAGCUUGUGUAUCACAAACCGCCUUUGGUUUCUUUUGGCUUUUUCUUUUUCUUCAAGCUCUGCUGUCAUACUAGAACUACGGAACUAUUAGCCCUAUAUAUCCAUCUCGCUUUACACAAAAUACACGGAAGUACAAAAUCUCGACUUAUCUACCUAGUACCUUCAAUUAGGAAAUCAAAAUCGUAAGGUACAACAUCAGUUCAGCCGAUCUUGCCUACAUGUAUCUAGCACGGGUCAAAAAGUACUACAUUAUGUAGUACAUGUACUAUUACACACACGUGCAGUUUGCUAAAGCAGGAGUAGGGGUACCUCGGAUAGCUCUAAGAUGAACAUUAACCAGAGUCCACUCUUCCCGUCCGGCGGCAACCUUCACCAAGAAAAUCCACUUAUUAGACUCACAUUUUUUGAUAGGCCCGAAGGUACUACCUCUGCCUGUGUAGUUCGUGUACGCUGUAAAUGCAAAAUUGCGCCUUCCCGUGCGGGAUACAACUGGAUACCUAGGACUGGAUAUGACCAAGCCAUCGCACCUGCGGCUACUACGUAACUUUAGACCAAAGAGAUGGCAUCGAUUUCCUCAAAUAGCAGGGAUAAUUUAUCGCUUAUGCCCUUAGAUCCUCGAGACCCCCAAGAUGUCCACAAUGACCAAUCUGAAUUCCUCCCAUUACGACCCAUAAACACCAACACAAGUAGGAGCUCCGCCCAACCCUGUCUACCCGCAGGCGCAGAUCCAGUCCAAGUCUUAGACCCCACGCAACCCACGCCGCUAACUUUCCAAGAUACAAAUAGUGCUGCCUCCUUGUCACCUGAAUCCCGAUUCCCUAUUAGUACUACGCCUCGCUCUCCUCGCUCUCCUCACUCUCCCUCGAGCUCGAGCCAUGACUUCCAAUACAUCGAACUCGAUUACGAGGAGGCGAAUCAUAACUCUACCGUCGAAAGCCGACGAGGUUCGACAAUUAUGUCGAAAGCCCCCCUCUUGAUUCGCUCCUCUCCAGGCUUCGGAACUGGCUCUUACGGAGCUGCGCCUGUACAACCCGAGACCAGUGACUCAGAUACCGAGCGUGACAACGAGGAUGAUGACCUAGUGUCUCCCAGCAAAAGAACCAGCGCGGAGAUUUACCAUUCCAGGCGACAUCACUCCGUUGACACUGGUCGUUCGACCAUAUUGCGAACAAGCACAUCCUCCUUAAACCGAAGACGAAAAAGCCUCUCUGAACAGAUCGGAGGAUCAUCAGUAGCUGACGGUCCCGAGGGUCGCUCUAGUAUCAGUGAAAGACCUUUAACAAACGAUCUUGCUCCCGAAGUAAACUCGGAUAACUCGGUUGCCGACGACGAAGAUGGCUCCGAUGAUGCGAAUGAUGGAUCCGACCCAGAUCCCCCCGAUAACUCUCCAUAUCCCCAAGUCCGCGCUUCGGUCUCUCCAACCGAUAAUACCACUCUAUCCAUAAAUACUCCUCGCAUGUGGAUACUAUCUACCUUAUUCUCCAUACUCGGUUCUUCCACAAAUCUCUUCUUCUCCUUGAGAUACCCUAGCGUUUCGAUUACACCUGUCAUAGCAUUACUUCUCGUUCAUCCCCUUGGUCUCUUAUGGGACUUCUUUCUAAAGCGGCCGGACGACCCUCCCGACGAAUUCGAAGAGGGCCUGCGACUAGAGAGGCCAGACGGAAAUGCGCCGGCUACCUUCAAAGAGAGAAGUCGGCUUGGGCGCUUCCGCCUAUGGCUAGCACAAGGCUCUUGGAAUGAGAAAGAGCAUAGCUGCGUAUACGUGAGCAGUAAUGUGUCUUUCGGCUUUGCAUUUGCAACAGACAUUAUCGUCGAGCAAACUCAAUUCUAUAAACAAGAUGUUAGCAUUACUUACCAACUACUACUUACUCUCUCCACCCAAAUUUUGGGUUAUACCUUCGCCGGCUUGACCAGGCGCUUUUUGGUACGCCCGGCUGGAAUGAUUUGGCCGGGUACUUUAAUGUCUGCUGCCAUGUUUACCACUUUACAUAAAGAAGAGAACAAGCCUGCGAACGGGUGGACGAUCAGCAGGUGGAAGUUCUUCUUCAUCGUUUGGAUAUCUGGAUUUUUCUUCUACUUCCUUCCUGGUUUACUGAUGCCAGCGUUAAGUUAUUUCAACGUGAUCACCUGGAUUGCCCCGAAUAACCCUGUAGUCGCGAAUCUUUUUGGAGUAGCCUCUGGCUUGGGUCUGUUUCCGCUUACCUUUGACUGGGCGCAGAUCGCAUACAUUGGAUCGCCUUUGCUAACCCCAUUUUGGGCGGCCAUGAAUGUCAUCGGGGGCUUGGUGAUAGUGAUGUGGAUUAUUGCGCCGAUUGGAUAUUAUUCCAACUUAUUCUACUCGUCCUACAUGCCUAUUCUGUCGUCGUCGGUUUUCGACAACACCGGCAAGAUAUACGAUGUCAGUAAAAUCUUGACCGCAGAUUUUCUCUUCGAUAGAGAAGCGUAUUCGAAGUAUAGUCGGGUGUUUCUCCCGAUCACAUAUGUCCUCAGUUAUGGACUUCAAUUCGCUGGGUUAGCGUCGCUCCUAACACAUACUACUUGCUGGCAUGGUAAGGAUAUAUACACCCAGUGGAAGCGUUCCUUGAAGGAAGCCGAGGAAGAUGGUAGACCAACCUACCAACCGCUCGCGAGCGAAAAUAAUGGGGGAGCCCCUAAUGGAGAUCAACCUAGCAUCACGAGGUCGAGUUCGACUUUUGACAAUAUUUUGAGCCACGAAGAUGUCCACAACCGCCUUAUGAGGAGAUAUAAAGAUGCACCUAUCACGUGGUAUUUGUUGACGUGUAUUUCGAUGACAGCGAUAGGAAUUUUCGUCGUCGAAUAUUAUCCGAUUCAUCUGCCGUGGUAUGGGCUGCUACUCGCUCUUGGAAUAUGCGCCGUGCUGUUCAUACCCAUCGGUAUCGUCAUGGCAGUGACGAACCAACAUAGUAGUAUCUAUCUUAUAUGUCAGCUCAUCUGCGGCGUAGUCUUUCCUGGGAGACCCGUUGCCAACAUGGUCUUCGUAACGUACGGCUACAUUUCGUCUGCUCAAGGCAUCAAGUUUGCAGCAGACCUGAAACUGGGACAUUAUAUGAAGAUUCCGCCAAGACUCCUAUUCUCGGUUCAGAUGGUCGCAACGAUCAUCUCCUCAAUCACGCAAAUUCUUGUACUAAAUUGGAUGUUUGUGAACGUGCCAGGAAUAUGCACUCCUCAAGCUAUGAACGGCUUUACCUGCCCGAUCGCUCGCGUCCAUUUCAACGGCUCCAUAUUGUGGGGCGUUGUCGGACCUGCAGAGUUCUUCGGGCCAAACGCCACAUAUCGCCCCCUCGUAUGGUUCUUUCUCAUCGGUGCCAUCGCCCCGAUACCGCUGUGGCUAUACGGCCGCAAUAAAAAGUCUAGCAUCGUUCGAAAGAUCAACCUACCCGUCCUAUUCGGUUCCCUGAGCUGGAUCCCGCCAGCGACCGGUCUCAACUUUUCCGUCUGGGCCGUGGUUUGCUACAUCUUUAAUUACCUGAUCAAGAACCGGGCCUCGGCCUGGUGGGCCAAGUACACGAUGACACUCAGCGCGGCACUAGACUCCGGCCUCGCUUUCGGUAUCGUCAUCGUGUUCUUCGGAUUCAUAUACCCCGGCUGGAUGGACGGUUUCAGUUGGUGGGGUACAGAGGUGUAUAAACAGGGGUGCGACUGGCAGGCUUGCUCAUAUAAUACGGUGCCGAAUGGAAGCCAUUUCGGCCCGGAUAAGUGGUAGAAUGAUGGCGUCUAAAGACGUAUGUGGUUAUGUAGUUAUGUGUUAUGCCGGAUUGGAUCGACGACAGAGUAUUUGUUUGUUUUGACGGCCAGCAUGGAUGAUUUGGUUUUGAGGCGCGCUUGGCAUAUGCAUAUACGGCUCACGGCCUAGAAUCUAGAUCUCGCUACAUAGUUGACGAAUACACUCGUAGAUUAUUGAAUAACAAUGUCAGGCUUGAUAGGGUUU